AUGGAGAGGCUAAUCUAUUCCAAUUCGAUCCCCUGUAAGCCCCGCCCCAAUUCUCCAUUUCUCCCCCGGAUAACCCGGCCCGAUCCGCGCCCGAAACCGACUGCCACAUGUACGGCGACGUUUCCUUUCUGGGCCCGGCCCGGAUUGCGCCGAUUCAUCUCGUUCUCCUGCGUUGUGGGUGAUACUUCUUUGCUGUCUGCGAAGGCUGUGGACGAUUGCCCGGGUGAAAGUUUGCUUUUUUCUGCAGAUUCGGGUAAUGGGUCGGAUCCUAAUCCCCAUUUUCGCAGCCGGGUCGCUGAGAAGUUCUCUCCACAGCAAAAGGUCAUGAAUUUAGGGAUGACAGUGCUCCUAUCGACCCUCUUCCUAACAUUCCUCCACCCGAUACUCGUCUGGCCCGCACGCGCAAGCCUUGCCGCGAAGCCUGCCUUGCGCAGCGAACUUCUGAGCAGCGCGUGGACGGGCUUCUUUGCGGGCUGCCUCCACACGCUAUCGGGCCCAGACCACCUAGCAGCCCUAGCCCCACUCUCGAUCGGGCGAACGAGGUUAGAAAGUGCAGCUGUGGGGGCCCUCUGGGGCUGCGGCCAUGAUGCGGGCCAAGUGCUUUUCGGGCUCGUUUUUCUCCUCCUCAAAGAUCGACUCCACAUCGAGAUCAUUCGCACGUGGGGCACACGUGUCGUUGCCUUAACUCUCCUCGUAAUUGGUGCCAUGGGCAUCAAGGAGGCCUCUGAGUCAGCUGAGCCCAUUGAUCUGGGCCUGGGCCAAGGCCCAGGCCCAGAAGCCGGGAAGAAGAAGAUUGGGCUGGCGACAUUUGCGACUGGGAUUGUUCAUGGGCUGCAGCCCGAUGCGCUUAUGAUGGUUCUCCCGGCACUUGCCCUGCCGUCGAGGCUGGCCGGAGCAGCUUUUCUCGUUAUGUUUUUAGUCGGGACUGUCAUGGCUAUGGGGAGCUACACAGUUUUCAUAGGGUCGUGUAGCCAAGCGCUUAAAGAUAGGGUGCCGAGGAUAACCGAGAAGCUCACUUGGGGUUCGUCGAUUGUGGCCAUUGCCUUAGGGUUUGCGCUUCUGGUUAGCCAGUAUUUCGGGUUUAGUUUGUAUUAG